CGUGAUCUCGAACGCAACGGUGUGGCGACCAAAGAAGAUAUUUCGAACUUGAUAGAGCGAGGGAAAGGGAAGAUGCCGGGGUACGGGGAGUCGUGCGCGCCCAAGGGCGCGUGCACGUUCGGCGCGCGUUUGGACGCCGAGGAAAUCGACGCAUUGGCGACGUACGUCCUCGAUCGCGCCGCGGUCGAUUGG